AGUGUGAGUUCGUCGUACCCGGAAGGUUAGCUGAGCAACUUGUAACGUGUUGUUUAUUAAGCUUAAUAAGGCCAUGUUAGAGGAAUGUUUUCAAAUCAGGGCAUUCAUCCUGUAACGAUUGUUUUCAACAACACAAAGAACUGCUUUCUUCAUCUCCCGCUGAAGUUGAUAUCGCAUCUUUUAUUGAACGAGAACCAGGCUUUGGAGUUGUCCUGGGGAAAUGGGUCUCCAGUGUUUCUCAGUUGGACACCUAACAGAAAUUCCUCUAAUGCUGACAGCCAUACAGUGGAGCUGUGUCGACAACUGGGGGAGAAACUGGGCUUAAAAGAUGGAGAACAGGGUUUCCUAAGACCAUGUCAUCAGGUUUCAUCAGUGCAUCAAGUGUUUGUGGAACCUCUUUCAUCUGACGACUGGGAGAUCUUGGAGCUCCAUAGUACUGCUUUAGAGCAGCAGCUGCUUGAUCAGAUCAGAGUGGUGUUCCAAGACGCUGUGUUCCCUGUGUGGGUGGACAGUCACACAGCCAUCUACAUCCAAAUAGCAUCACUCUUGCCAUCUGUGCUCUAUGGUCGCCUUGAGCAGUUCACGGAACUAGUUGUCUCUCCAAAGAGCCGUUUUGGCAUUGGCAACUUCAGUGGAUCUCCACUGAGAACAAACAAGGAUGAACAACCUCCCAGACGCCAAAACACGGAUGUUUCCUCCCCUUCAAGACCACAAAACCACCAGUGGGGUGGCAUAGGUGACCUGAAAAGCCUGCUACGUUACAUGCUUAAGGGGCCUCAUGAUCUGGUUAAAGAGCAGCCUCGUGUACCUGAAAUCCCUGCCCUUCUUACAGAUUCUGUCUACAGAGUAUGUGGAACACCCCCUGACUCUCUUUGUACCAUAAGCCACAUUGCAACCAGUGUUGUUCAUUUAUUUCCUUGGAGCCAUAGACUGAAUUCUUGGCAAACUGGUCCAUCUCCAGUCACGUAUGGCCUCCUCUCUAGAGUCCUGUCCCCUAAAGAAACAAAGGACAGAGUCAAGCAGACUAUAGAGAAAAAGAAAAAUGCAACUGUUGAAAAGACUCCUACAAAUGCUGAUGGAGGAGAGACGGCGAAGGAAGAAGAGGCUGUUGUGGUCAGAGUGGUGUGCCAUGGGAUUGAGAGGCAACAAGGAAAACAAAGAGGUCAGAGCAGCGGCGCCAUCCAUAGUGGAAGAGUCUGGAUCCCACAGCCCCUCGCUGACAGGAUGAACAUAAAUUCUCAUUCUACAGUAAGAAUUAAACCUGUGACAUCACCCAUCAAAGUAGCCUCUACCAUUCGAUUACAAGCCCUAAAACCUCUGCCAGAGGAUGAUGAGGAGGUCCAGACAGUUUUCCUUGGGUGGUUACACACUCAGAGUCAUGAACCGUUAGCCUGUCUGACUGCACGGUCUGGCACCGUCCUCCUACAUGGAACUGAUGCAAAGUUAGAGUUUUCUUUAACUGUGCUGAAACCAGAACCAGAGAAUGACCCUACAGACCAGCUGUUUCUUCUAGCAGCCGCAGUUCUGCAAAAGAACGACAUACAGGUGGAUAGAGCGCCAAUAAACAAGCCAGCUGAGAAAACAGUUGCUGAAACAUCUGAACCGGAGCUUCCUUCUCUUGGGACUCUUGGUGGGAUUGAUAAGCUUAGUAGAUCUGCGUUUGAGUUCAUCUCUCACAGCCUUCUGGGUAGUCCUCUUUCACAAGAACUGUGUUCAACAGGACAGGGACUCCGAGGAGGAGCUCUGCUCAUCACUGGAGCUAAGGGGAGUGGGAAGAGCGUAUUCUCCCAAGCCCUCUGCAGGAAAGCUGCUGAAGAUCUUGACACCCAUGUGAAGGUGUUGAGCUGCAAGAAGCUACAAGGCAAAAGGGCAGAAACCGUGAGGCAGAUGCUGAAGGAUAUUUUUGAAGAGGCAGAGUGGAGGCAGCCCUCAGUGGUUCUACUUGAUGACCUAGAUCAUAUUGCAGGAGCACCAUCCUCACCAGAGCAUGAGCACGGCCCCGAGGCAGUGCUGCAGCAACAUAUUGCACAGAGUCUAAAAGAUGUGGUGGAUGAAGCCGUGGUCCAGGCCAGCCUAGUGUGUCUGAUUAUCACCAGCCAGAGUGAGCACACCCUCCACCCAUCCCUGACUGAGCUGCAGGGGUCCCACUUCAUCCAAGGCUUUUCACACAUCCAGCCCCCAGAUCAGGGUCAAAGAGCAGAGAUCCUAAACCAUCUGAUCCUCAGAAAAACCAGCCUGUCUGAGGAGACCUUACAGACUCUUGAUCUUGGUGCUGUUGCCAAGGAGACAGAGGGUUAUACACCACAAGAUCUAGCACUGCUGUUGGAGCGGGCCAUCCAUGCCAGCACCGUCCACAGAGGAUACAGUCACCAGGGUGUGCAUCUGUCAUGGAGGGACUUUGCCCAGGCUCUUAAGGGAUUCACUCCUCCCUCUCUGUGGGGUGUAGAGCUUUACAGCCCAGGUGGAUUUGGGCUGGAGAGGGUCGGAGGGCUGAGAGAAGUGCGACAGCAGCUAAUGGAUACAAUACUGCUUCCUGCUAAGUAUCCCAUUCUGUUCUCCAAUCUCCCCAUCCGCCAUCGCUCUGGAGUUCUCCUAUAUGGAGCUCCUGGUACAGGGAAGACUCUGCUGGCCCGGGCUGUCGCUAAAGACAGUGGUAUGAACUUCAUCAGCAUCAAAGGUCCUGAACUCCUCAGUAAAUACAUCGGAGCAAGUGAGCAGGGAGUCCGUGACGUCUUCCAGAAGGCUCAAGCUGCCAAGCCGUGCAUCCUUUUCUUUGAUGAGUUCGACUCUUUGGCUCCCAGGAGAGGCCAUGACAGCACGGGUGUGACUGACCGUGUUGUCAAUCAGCUCCUCACACAGCUGGACGGGGUGGAAGGCCUGCAAGGUGUGUAUGUCCUUGCAGCAACCAGUCGCCCAGAUUUGAUCGACCCAGCCCUGCUGAGACCCGGACGAUUGGACAAAUCCCUGUACUGCCCACCUCCUGAUCUGGAGGCUCGCGUGGAGAUCCUGAAGGCUCUGAGCACAGGCGUCCCUAUGGCCGCCGAUGUGGACUUGGAGCAACUGGCAGCAGUGACGGAGCAGUUCACAGGGGCCGACCUGAAAGCCCUGCUCUACAACGCCCAACUGGAGGCUGUCCACAGCAGCCUGGGGACUGGAGCACCGCACGAGCUAACCUCAGGCUCAGACAGCGACAUGAGCCUUUCUUCAAUGGUCUUCCCAAACAACAGCAGCGGUUCUGAUGAUUCCGUGGGGGAGGGAGACCUGGGAGCAGGACUGGACCAGUCCAUGGUUCUCCUGGAGCACAGUGAGCUCCAAGCAGACGAUGAACACUGUGGCAACAUCUGGAGACUCUACUUUGGGAGUUCAUAUGAGACAGAGUCUGGAAGCUCUCCACCCUCAGCACAGAACUCCCGGUGUGUCUCUGCUCCCAACUCCAUGACCCAUGACUUCACAGCAGCAUCAGUUCGUGGCCCCGGCAGUUCGCUUCCUCCUUUGUACAUGUCGUCUCUCCAAAGUGGAUAUGAAGAGCUGAACCCGGAGCAGCUGGAACGGCUCCUGCAAGACGUAAACAAUGUCAAGAACAACUGCAGGAAAGUCGGCGAUGAGUGUGUCCAGGUGCAUUCAGCCUCCAGUCAACCUGGUGUAUUACUGCGUCAGGCACAUGUAAAUGCCGCCUUGGCUGUGACCAAACCAUCUCUGAGCAAAGCCGACUGGAGCCGAUACACAAAACUGUAUGAAUCCUUUGGUGGUUCAGGAGAUGGAAAACCACUUCAGUCGUUCACAUUUAAACCAGGACAACGUGUGACUCUGGCAUGAUUGUACACCAACAACUUCCUCAAAUAAUUGACAGACCACCGUAGAGUACAUUCAAAAGUCAAUAGUUGUCAUAAAUUUGGAGCCAUCUGGGUUUUCUUGUGUAAACAUGAGGCAAGAUUUGGCAAAAACCCAUGAAAUGUUUCUUAUACAAAUGUAUUAAAGGGACCAUAUUUUGCUAAUCCAACUUUUACUAGUCUUUGGUUCAUUUAUUUGUGUAUUUGGACCCUAAUAGUUCAAAAAGUUUGAAUUUGAACCCUCCAGGUGCUACAAAGCUAUCUUUAUAUUCAUUUUGGCAAAAAUCGAGUGGAUU